AUGCCUCUGAUUGGUUCCUUGAUUUCUAUUAGAUUGGAAAUAAAGAUGCUAUCGACAAAUAUCAUCGUGGGACUUUCUGCGAUUUUGGCCAGCAAAUAUGAAGUCAAUAGGGGAUAUUUUGGUAAUAUGGCUGAACUCAAACAACAUGGUCGUAAGGAAAGCUUUGAAGUUCUCUCGGCUAGAAGUAAAUUACUCAAAUGGCAAAUGUUUCAAACUACCAAUCACUAAUUUUGGAACUGACCAUAACUCAACAAAGACCAAUACCCUAAAACUGACAUUCAUGUGUCUUUCGUUACGUGCAACUUCACAUGUUCUAAUGUCAUUGCCUUUGUCAUUAAUUUAGUAAAAGAAAUCACAAUGUAAAAUGCUAUUAUGAUGU